AUGAUAGGGAAGGUGAUUUGCGUAGUAGAUCCGAAGGGCCGGAAGAAGGGAUGUUGUGGCGGUGGACCGAGGGUGGAGAGGCCGGCGGGGUUCUGUCAAUUGUAUAUAAAGAGUCGCGAGGGGUACAUGGAUUUGUUGGUACCGGGUGACUCGCCGCCGCGGAUGACGACAAAUCGGUAUACGAGUCACGACAACGUGUUGUUUACAAAUUGUCGGCUCUACGAUCAGGAGGGGGACGAGACGAAGUGUUUGGCGUGUGUAUUUAAUCCGUUUCGGAACGAAGUGGUAUUGUUUGGCGAAGGUGCAGGUCGAGGUGGCGCUGCAAGUUUUUCUGAGGCUGCGGCGGCGGAGCAGUUGUACCGGUUUAUUCGCGGUGGUGUGACGGUGAGUAAGCAUUCGCAGGUUGUGGAUAGCGGAGCGGGUAUUUCGUUUACGAGUGUGGGCAACGGUUCGGCUAUGAUGCCUGCCGCCAACCCGAGUCGGACGCGGGAAGAGUUGGAGAACGAGUUCUGGGCGUGUGUGCUAAUGCUGGAGGCCUUGCUCUACCACUCCAGCUCGUGGCAGUUGUCGCCGGCGGCGGUGGAGUGUUUACGCGUGUGCGUGGACUCGGUUGCGCGCGCGGCCAAGUUAGACGCUGCACUCAAGUGGGCUUGUGCUAGUGGGAACAUGACUCUGACGCAGCAGGUGGAGGCGGAACGGCAGCAGGAAGAGCGCGUCCGGCUGGAGGCUCAGCGACUCGAGGUCGAGCGUCAACAACGACAAGUGGAACUCGAUAAACAACAAAUGGAUUUAAUCAAGCAACAACGCGACCUCGACGCCCAGAAGGCCGCCCUCGGCCUUACACCGCCCACCGCUUCACCCCAACUCUCACCACAGGCCUCACCAGCGUAUCCGCCCCAAGGCUUACCCCAACCUAUCUACCAACCGCAGUACCAGGCCCAAUAUCCGACUGGCUACCCACCUGUCUACCCCUAUGGAGCACCGCCUCCCGCCUACGGACCACCACCGGCCUACAGACCCUAUGGACCCCCACACUGCCACGAUCCCCACUACGACCCUCACUACGACCCCCACUGCCACGGAGGACCCCAUGGGGGCCGUGGCCGACAUGGCCGCGGCAGUCACAGCACCGGCAAAAACGUCGCCAUCGGCCUAGGCGCAGGUGUCAUCGGAGCACUCGCCGCCGAGGCUUUGUUCAAUUAA